UGUAUCUUUUGUCUACACAAUUUAGGACAGGGUCACUCGCAGCUUCUGGGAGCUUGUAGGAUCGUAUGGCCUGACGUAGGUCUGCAGUCAGUCCCGCACGGGUUUUGGUGUCAGACGGAGGGAAGUGCUUCCUGAUAACACGGAGGUGCGUCUUUAUUUCCAUUCCAGUGAUUGACUGCGCACGGCUUUCACCGCCGGAACUGAAGCCACUGAGGCAUUGUGGAGUCGACAGGGGGUAGCACUGCAGCCCCGGCUUCGCUACACAUCGGAGGCAUCUAUAGGGGAAACCGCGAUGGCCGUGGUGGAGCUCGAAACGGGGGACCAUCAACCUGAGAACGGCUUCGUGUCACCCGAAACCACGUCGCCGGAGCUUCUGACACGCAUCGACGGCUCUGUUCUGCCAUUUCUCGGUGCAUUUGGGAAGUACCAGAAACAGCUGAUUGUGCUGACAUGGAUUCCGGCGUUAUUUAUUGGAUUCAGUCAGUACUCUGAUGAUUUCCUCCUCGCCCAGCCAAACAACACAUGUAUCCAGCCUUUGGCAAAUCUGACUAAUGAGCGUAUAGGUCCAAGUUCCACAGUCCACAAUAACGCGAACAACACGCAGUGUAACUGCACUGAGUGGACAUUCGAGAUGCACACAGGACUUGUGCAGAAUGUGGUUACUAAGUGGAGUCUGGUGUGUGACUCAGCAUGGAAAGUCCAUAUUGCAAAGUUCUCUCUGUUAGUCGGGUCCAUCUUUGGAUACCUGGUGUUUGGAAUACUUACUGACUGGUUUGGCCGCCACCCAGUGCUGAUCAUAUCAGUACUGUUCAUGUUGGUGUUUGGGUUGUCUGUGGCCUUCUCUGUCAACGUCCCGAUGUUCAGCACCUUGCGUUUCUUUGAGGGCUUUUGCCUGGCAGGAAUCACCCUUUCUCUCUACGUCCUCAGGAUUGAGCUGUGCCUGCCAGGAUGGCGAUUUUCCAUGACCAUGGUGGCCAGCUUUGUGGUUUUGGGUGGUCAGCUCUUGAUGCCUGGAGUGGCGUACCUCUGUCGCGACUGGCAGGUACUUCAAGCUGUCAUCAUCUGUCCCCUGCUGCUUAUGGUGUCCUACAUUUGGAUCUUCCCUGAGUCACUGCGCUGGCUGCUUGCCACUCAGCAGUACGGCCGCUCCAAGCUGAUCAUGGGACACAUAGCAAAGAAAAAUCGAGUGAACAUGGAACUCGACCCAGAUAACAUCCUCGGAGAACUUCAAAGAUCCCUUCAGCAGAAACCAAAAAAGACGUGCAUUGUGAAAAUGGUUGGGACGAGGAACCUUUGGAAGAAUAUUGUUGUGCUGUGUGUCAACUCGCUAACUGGCUAUGGGAUCCACCACUGCUUUGCCCGCAGCAUGAAGUAUCCUGAUGGUCAGGAAACCACCAUGUUCCAUAACUUCUAUGCAGAUUAUUACACAAUGGCGGGCAUCGCGGUGGCGUCAUGCAUUGCACUAUGUCCAGCGGUUGGCCUGAUGGGCCGCCGUGGUGGCCUUCUUAUGUUUAUGAUCAUCACUGCCCUUGCAUCUCUGCUGCAGUUGGGUCUACUAAACUUGUUGGGGAAGUACAGUGGCCAUCUCAAUAUAGAUACCACAGGUACCAUGAAUAAGAACUUCUCCAUCGCCUUCUCCAUUAUUGGUAUGUUCUCCUCCCAGGCAGUCAGCAACCUGAGCAUCUUCUUCUGUGCCGAGAUCACUCCCACCGUGAUCAGGGGUGGUGGUCUGGGCUUGGUCCUGGCCAGUGCUGGCUUCGGCACGCUUACUGCACCCAUCAUGGAACUCCACAACCAGAAGGGCUAUUUCCUUCAUCAUAUCAUUUUUGCCUGCUGCACUCUCAUCUGUAUCAUCUGCAUUCUCCUGCUGCCUGAAACGCGCAAUCAGCCCCUCCCCGAGACCCUGGCUGAUGCCGAGAACUACACCCGUCAACCUCUGCUUCUCCCGAGGAAACCUCUGCUGCACCCGUCUGACAGCAGCAGGGACUACACCAGAGUACGUGACACACCACUUCAUGAAGUACCUGUCACCUUGGACUCCACUGCCUCUUCUCUUGAUAUUGCUGGAGGAGGUAUGCAGUUCAUUGAGAUGCACCCUCUUGUGACCGACCCUAAAGAUCCCAACGGUCACUCAGUUUCAUCUUCGUCUACAGCCCCUGUGAUGACACUUGGUAAAGACACCACCACACAGGCCACUAAAGAGCACCUACAGUCUUCCACUCCUUUACACAAAGCCCCAUGUGUCACAGACCCACUUUUAGCUGCUGCAGAAGAACCUCCAGCAAUAGCCCUGGAUUCUGUGGAACCACUGAUAGAUUCAACCCUUCCUGAAAUAAAUGAUAGUGGUGCAUCCCCUACAAGAGAGACAGGCAUUACCCCCGCUCCUUCAUUGGAUUCUUCCACUCCCCCGACCCCUCAAACUGUGCCCUCGUCUUUAUUGAUCUGCACCACACCCAUCAUCGAGCCCCCACCGAGCUCCACGUUAAAAUCUCCAAACCCGAUGGAUAAUGACAGUGACAAUAUAAUCACAAAAUCUGACCCGCCUUUGCUUGAGGACACUCACGUCACUUCAGCGGGUUCUCCUUCUCCUCCUUCCAUAAGAGACAGUCCUCCCCCUCUUAUGGAAGGAGCAGAUGUAGAUUCAGCUCCUCCUCCUAGAAGAGACUCCCCCACCCUCACUGUUAUAGACUCCCAACCACCUCAGUUAGAUUCUACCUCUCCCUAUGUUGAAGAUGUAACUGUUUUACCUUCACAUACCCCUCCUCCACCCAUUGUCUCAGUGGACUCUUCCACUGAUCCUGUCAUAGAUACAGUCAACAAUAUAGCACAGUCUCCUUCCAUUCUCCCCGUCACAAACAUUGCGCAUACCUCCACUCUAGAAUCAACCACUCUGACUGUCACAGACACUGAACCACAAUCAGCUGCUUGUCUCAUUUUAGAUUCAGUACCAUCUUCCAUCAUGGAUUCAACCUCUACAGACGCGACUCCAUCCUCUCUAGUGGACUGCACAGUGUCCUCCCCCAUAGACUCUGGCGUUCUCUCUAUCAGGGACAGGGACAGUGCCAGCACAGAAACCAGCACUGUCAAUGGCAUGGCAUCAUCAUGAUCCAGUUCUCUAGCCAGGAAUUGAAGCUUUAAGUGUCUCACCAGGAGGCAGCCACCCACAUGAACAUUGUAACAAGGGGAACAAGAACAGGUCUGCUCAGACUUCAGGCACUUAAUGAAGAUUGUUCGACACCUGGAGUCGAGUUGACGUGUCUGCAAAGUUGCUGUACCUUUUUCAGUGCCGCUGCACCCUUUUGUGCAUUUAGCCACUUAAUGAGACCAUGCAUAGCGAGAGCGUGCCACAGGCUGGUAUGUGGCAAUGUGACAACAACUUCUGCUCUUCAUGAAUGUCACUGGAAAUCACCAGCGUUUAAACUACUCUGAUGUAAACGAACGGGAAAUCAAUGUCAUGUUUAAGAGACUUAAGACUAUUCCCACAAUCACUGAGAUGUGUCAUCAGCACUGGUGAAGAAAUGUAAUGGUACUACAAACAAACAAACAAACAAACAAAUCACUGGUACUUGUGCUCAAAUGUAAUGUUAAAUAUUUGUAUAAAAAAAAGUUGCUUUAUAUGUAUGGACAAAUCUGAAUGUUACAAAGUACUUUUUGUUGCUAUAGAGGUAAACAAUCCAAAUUGGAGUAGUUUUUCCAAAUGCAAUGCCAAAAAAAAAACAAAAAAACUACCCUGACCAAAAUAAAGUGUAGAAAUAGUGCCAAAACUUUAGUGACACAGUAUUUGCCCGUUUGGGGAAAUUUGGUUAUACGUAAAUACAGAUUCCAAAAUUUCAAAA